GGCAGAUCGAUAAAUCUGUUGCUAAACCUCCUACACCCCACACCCCAUCACAACUCCACAACUUUGACCAGGAUUUGAAAGAAACCCUGAGAGAGACACCACCACCACAACUCAUUUGAGUUCAAUUCACCUCACAACACCACCACCACCACCACAAACACCACACCUCUCCCCGCACCCGCGCUACAAGUACUAAAUCAUGUACGGUGACCUCGGAUUGAAGCUCGUCCAACAUGCAAAACGCACACAAUCCCUCCCUCAGCUCCCACCCUACCAGAGCGACAUUGUGCGCAGCGUAACCCGCGAAGUACGUGAUCUAGACCGCGACGUUACGGAAAUACUCGAACCAUUCAAUGGUCACUUCGAUCCGGCCGAGGAGCCAGCCACCGCCUGUAGUCUUCUCGUCCACCAUCUUUGCAUGCGAAGGAAUAAGCGAUGCUUGCUCGCGUACCAUCGUGUUCGGGUGGAGGCGAUCGAAGAAAUGUGCUGGAGUGGCAGCGACCUACUCGAGCAGGUUCAGGCAAGCCAGAAUAAGGUAGCCGAGGGAGGGGCGGGAAUUGGGUCGGCUGAGGGUUCGGGUGCCAGCUCACUUAGCCCUGAAGAGGAGGAGUAUGCCAGACAGUACGGGGAUUUGCUUGCCGCGUAUAAGGGACAGUGGACAGAUAUUGACCUCACCGGGUCGUUGGAACCGCCGAGAGACCUGUUCAUCGAUGUUAGAGUUCUUAAGGAUGCCGGGGAGAUACAGACAGAAUACGGUGCUAUUACCCUUACGAAGAAUAGUCAAUUUUUUGUUCGACAAGGUGACGUCGAAAGACUGAUUGCCCAGGGGUUCCUACAAAAGUUGAACUAGAAUCACGAGCCGUGAGACCCUCAAAGGAAAGUUCUAAAUUUCAGAAGUAAACAUACCUAAUACACUUCAAACCCAU